AUGAAGUCACAGCCUAUUUCACAUCCGGUUUACCCUGGGACGUAUUACUACUGUCUUGUUUCAGAGCCCACCAUGAAGAGAGUCCUGGUGCUUUGCGAUUGCCUCUGGGCCUGGAGCCUCCUCCUGAAUGCACUGACUGAAAGAAGCUAUGGACAAACCUCAUCACAAGAUGAGCUUAAAGACAACACUACAGUAUUUACCAGAAUAUUGGAUCGCCUGCUGGAUGGUUACGAUAACCGCUUGAGACCAGGACUAGGAGAGCGUGUAACUGAAGUGAAGACUGACAUCUUCGUCACCAGUUUUGGGCCAGUUUCAGACCAUGAUAUGGAAUACACUAUAGAUGUAUUUUUCCGCCAAAGCUGGAAAGAUGAGAGAUUAAAAUUCAAAGGACCUAUGACUGUUCUCCGGUUAAAUAAUUUAAUGGCCAGCAAAAUUUGGACACCUGAUACCUUUUUUCACAAUGGAAAGAAAUCAGUGGCUCAUAACAUGACAAUGCCAAAUAAAUUGUUACGAAUUACAGAGGAUGGGACACUGCUGUACACAAUGAGAUUGACUGUGAGAGCAGAAUGUCCAAUGCAUUUAGAAGACUUUCCUAUGGAUGCACAUGCUUGCCCCUUGAAAUUUGGAAGCUAUGCUUAUACCAGAGCAGAGGUUGUGUAUGAAUGGACACGGGAACCAGCAAGGUCAGUGGUUGUGGCUGAAGAUGGCUCUCGAUUGAACCAAUAUGAUCUGCUUGGACAAACUGUGGACUCUGGAAUUGUUCAGUCCAGUACAGGGGAAUACGUUGUUAUGACUACACAUUUUCAUUUGAAGAGAAAGAUUGGUUACUUUGUCAUCCAGACUUACCUGCCAUGCAUCAUGACAGUGAUACUGUCACAGGUGUCCUUCUGGCUUAAUAGGGAAUCAGUUCCAGCAAGAACUGUGUUUGGAGUGACAACUGUCCUGACAAUGACUACUCUGAGCAUCAGUGCAAGGAAUUCCCUCCCCAAGGUGGCCUAUGCCACUGCUAUGGAUUGGUUUAUAGCAGUGUGCUAUGCCUUUGUAUUUUCUGCACUCAUCGAAUUUGCAACAGUGAAUUACUUCACAAAGAGAGGAUAUGCAUGGGAUGGCAAAAGCGUCGUUCCUGAAAAGCCAAAGAAAGUGAAGGAUCCUCUCAUUAAGAAAAAUAACACGUACACAGCUGCAGCUACGAGCUACACCCCUAAUAUUGCAAGGGACCCUGGGCUGGCAACCAUUGCUAAAAGUGCAACAAUUGAGCCCAAAGAAGUUAAGCCAGAAACAAAACCUGCAGAACCCAAGAAAACUUUUAACAGCGUCAGUAAAAUUGAUCGACUAUCAAGAAUAGCCUUCCCACUGCUUUUUGGAAUCUUUAACUUAGUCUAUUGGGCUACCUAUUUAAACCGGGAGCCCCAGUUAAAAGCUCCAACUCCACAUCAAUAA